CUUCAAACCAUGCCUAAAUCCACCACCACCACCACCAUCCUCCUCCUCCUCCUCUUCCCCUUCUUCAUCCAUGCAACAACAUCAUCAUCUUCUUCACCUUCUACAAUCAUCAAAGCAGGCUUUUGGCCUUCAUGGUCAUUCCAAACCCUUCCUCCAUCCUCCAUCAACUUCUCAUACUUCACCCAUCUCUUCUAUGCCUUCAUCCCUCUUGAUCCAACCACCUUCCAACUCUCCAUCUCCCCUUUCCACCAUCUCUGGCUAACCAACUUCACCACCACCGUCCACUCCCAAACUCCCCCUCUCUCCGCUCUCCUCUCCAUUGCCGGCGGUGCCUUCAACCGCACCAUCAUCGCCAAUCUCGUCUCCAAUCCAACCUCCCGUGCCACCUUCAUCAACUCCACCAUUUCCAUAGCUCUCCAUUACAACCUUGAUGGCUUUGACUUUGAUUGGGAGUUCCCUGCCAACCCUGAACAAAUGGACAAUCUUGCACUGCUCUAUAAAGAGUGGAGAGCAGCCAUAACAUGUCUUCUACCAACAAAAGUGCUCCUUUUAACUUCAUCAGUUUACUUUUCUCCAGACUUCUUCUUGUCCAUAGUGCCAAGGUCAUAUCCAGUGGCAGUCAUGGCUGAGACUUUGGAUUGGAUCAAUGCAAUGUGUUUUGAUUAUCAUGGUUGGUGGAACACGUCGGAGACUGGAUUGCAUGCAGCGUUGUAUGAUCCGGAGAAGAACAUAAGCACGAGCUUCGGUUUGGGGACGUGGAUAAGAGAAGGGAUGCCGGCGAAGAAGGUGGUGUUGGGGAUGCCGUUGUAUGGGAGGACUUGGGAGUUGAAGGAGAGUGAGGAGCAUGGGGUGGGGUCACCGGCGGUGAAUGUAGGACCGGGGAAAGGCGGGAAGGGGAUAAUGGUUUAUGGAGCCAUAGUGAGGUUUAAUGAGGAGAAUAAUGCUACGGUGGUGCAUGAUGAGGAGAGAGUGGCGGUUUAUUCUUAUGCAGGGAAGAGUUGGUUGGGGUAUGAUGAUGAAUGGUCUGUGAGAAAGAAGGUGGAGUAUGGGAUGAAAAUGGGGCUUGGAGGGUAUUUCUUUUGGGCUCUUGGGUUUUGAUCAUAAUUGGACCCUCUCUCAAACAGCUUGGUCUGCAUGGGAGUACUGAAAAUGGUUGAUUGGCCUUUGAUCUGAGGCUUAAUUUUAGUGAGGCACUUUAUAUACAAGUAAAAUAAUGCAAUAUAGUUUAUAUUUAUGACCUUGUUAGCUUCCCUAUUUAAUGGAAACAUUUGGUUUUGCUGACAUUUUAUCUCAUUUAAACUGCUUAUG